AUGCAUUUCGCAUUCCCACCUCGCAAAACUUCAAACCCUCCGCCAUAUGCGGCGCGCUCUUCCCGUUCCGCCUUCUUGCGCUAUAGCCAGCUUCGGAAUAUCCUCAUCCUAGCUGUCGGUGCUCUGAUCACAUUAUACUUUCUCUCGGGCCUGUUCUCAACUUCGACCAGCGUGUCAAUACCAGCAGGAACACCGAAAGCUGUUGUGGUCACCACAAUCGACCCUGAAUUGAGUGAAGCUUACAAAACAGCCAUCAAGGCUAACCGGAAACACUAUGCCGCUAAGCACGGUUAUGCAGCUUUCUUCCCCAACACGACCGACUAUCCUCUCGGCGACAAUCCAAGCUCAUGGUCUCUGGUACCCGCCAUGCGCCAUGCCAUGGCUCUCUACCCGCACACGCCCUACCUUUUCUACCUCACCAGCACAGCUCUGAUUAUGAACCCUUCAUUGUCGAUCGAAGAGCACAUCAUGGACCCUCGUCGUCUCGAGUCCCUCAUGCUGGUAGACAAGCCAGUCGUUCCCCCAGACUCGGUCAUCAAGACCUUCUCGCAUCUCAAAGGCGAUCGCAUCGAUUUUGUUCUGUCACAAGACAACGAAGGCCUGGCUGGAGGCAGCAUGGUCAUAAGAGCAGGAGAGUGGGCCAAGUUCUUCCUUGACUCCUGGUUCGACCCUCUAUACCGCAGCUACAACUUCCAAAAAGCUGAAGCCCACGCUCUUGAACACAUUGUUCAAUGGCACGGCACCAUUCUAGCCAAGCUAGCACUCGUACCCCAACGUAUCCUGAACUCAUACACUCAAGGACCCGCCGAGGGCAUCUACAACGAAGGCGAUUUCGUCGCAAACUUCCACGGAUGUAUCCGCGACUCCAAACGCAGCUGCGAAGCAGAAAUGCAACCACUCCUGACGAGAUGGAGAGAAAUCACCGACCGCGAGCGAUAG